UUUGAACUUGAUCGAUCAGCUUGAAACAGAGUUGAACAAGCAGCUUUGUGAGCGCGGGUGAAAUAUUCACGAUACCAUGGAAUAAAUAUCCGGAAUCAAUCAAAGAACAAAGCGGAACUGUUUGAGAAUAAGCUAUUGUAUACAAGACUGCAUACUAGUAUUUGGGGAAAAAACAGUUUGUAUGUGGCAUAAAAAGAGCUGAAAAAAUACACUCAAAGAGAAGUUAGCUUUGUCGUAGUUGGACAAGAGUACAAAUAUACAGAACGUGUUUUCAUUGAUGCCGCAUUCUUUAUACGCGUGUUCGGUGGUGAUUUAUGACGCGUUUAUGACGGCCGUUGACAGGUGUUGAGGGUCGCCGUAUACGGAUCACAGUCCCCUAACACGGUCACUGCAGCCCAAGGCAGCUCCGCCCACUCUACACGAGAUAUUUCCGGUUACGUACAAUCGCUCGGCUCCUUUUGGGUAGUCCGCUUCUUCCUCUGUUGUUUAUUAAACUGACAUCGGAACCUACUCAGGAGGAUGAGCGGUGACCGGCUGAGCAUCCAGCCGGUGUUGGGGGCCAGCGGCCGGAAGUUGAGCUACGGAGUUCUGGACACGGCUGAGAGUCUCAUGGACAAUAUUGACGACCUGGCGGAAGUGCUAGACCAGCUUACAGAGAAAUACGAGCAUGCACAGGAAACCCUUGAACAGAAAGCAGGUAUUGAAGAAGAAGGAGAGGAGCAGACGGAGGAGGAGGGCCAGGAGCAGGAGCAGGAGCAGGAGCAGGGUAUCGUCAUCAAAGUGAACUGUGAGGCUACCACCCCGUCCCCCACUUUGUCCCCACAGAGGAGCCCCUCACACAUCGUACCCAACGGCAUUACGCGGAGGCACAGCGGGGACUUCAGGAUGUUCCGGAAGCUAAAAUCGUGUCUGGACUCCACACGCCACCUGAUCUCAAGCCUUCGGCGGGAAAAGGGCCGUCUGAUGAAACGGGAGCUAAGCGUUGAGUGCCGCAUGUCCGAGAUGGAGGACUACAAGAGUCACAUCAAACAGGAUUUGACGAGUUUGAACGACCUGGUGGACAUGUUGACGGAGCGGAUUUGCGAGCUGGAGCUGCGGCUGGCGGACGGCCAGGAAGAGGCGGAAGGCCUCACGGCAGAGAGAGACGCCCUCCAGGAGCGGCUGGACCGCACGGAGGCGCUAUGCGCAGAGUUGAACGAAGACAAUGACAGCCUGCGGGCGGAGAACGGCCGCCUCCACGAUCGGCUGCGCCUCGGCAACCGGGAGCUGCAGUACGAGAUCGAGGUCAUCCAGGUGGAAAACGUAAAACUCAAGGAACUCGUGCGCGAGUUCUCAGAACUGGAAGAAAGUGAACCGGAAACUGCCAUGUCGCCGGACGGGGAUCUCGGCGUCGCGUCUUUAACGGAUGGGUCUGAGGACCUGUGUAAUAAUAAUGUUACGAUGGAAACUGGACAUGAGCAGAACAAAAGUAACAGUGCUGUGAAAGUUAAUGGCAAGAAAACUGGCUACGCAAACGGACGGUCGACUAUAAGUAGUGGCAUCGUGAUGACAGUUUAGUUCUCGACCCCGUUAUUAAACAGUAAUGACUGAUUUCUUAUCUCAACCUUGGGUUGUGUUUUGUGGACUGGUUUUGUAAACACGGCUGACUUUGAUACGCCACGAUUCAAAAUCGGAUUGACCUACAAAAGUUCGUGAAAGGAAAAUGAUCAAUGUCUGGAGAAAUGUUAAAUAAAAAAUCCAUGAAGUUAUGAGACCGACCAUGACCGUUUCCUGUGAGGCCAGAAUGUUUACCUAAGACAUUAAAUGUGACGUGUUUGUAUUUAGUUUCAUGUCAUGUUGAUCAUACUGUUGGUUAUGUUUAUUUAACUAUGUUUUGAGAAGGCUAUCAUUCAUAAUUUGUCAUUCAAUGUCUUUUCAUUAUAAUAAAGUGUAACGCACU